AUGCGCGGGUUGUUGGUUUCUCAACAAUCUAGUGGGGUGAUUUUUAAGAACAACCCAGUAAAUAAUCAGCGAGGUGAAAUUCUCUCGAUAUGCUCAUCAAAAUUCAAUUCUUCUGGUAACAGCAGAUUUACAAAAUCAAGUCAAAUUUCCACCUGUCAUUUCAUUCCUGGGGGUUAUAAACUUUAUUUUGCUUUGAAUUCAGGCGCCUUAUACUGUUUAGACUUUGCAAAGAAUUGGUAUAAUCUAAUAGCUUCACUGAGCAGUAGUGUUACAAGCAUAUGUUCCUGUGAACCGCUUGGAUACAUACUUGUUGGCUUGAAUGAUAACAGUAUCCGAAUUUUAGAUCAAGGUUCUGGAAAAGAAAUUAAUUCUUUACGUGGUCACACAUGUAGAAUAUCUAACAUUUCAGUCCAACCAGUUUUGGGUCAGUAUGUCUUAUCUGUGGCUCUUAACGAAGUAGUUUUAUGGGAUCUUGAGGAUUACAAGUGUCGAUGCAAAUUACAUAUUGGUCAAAAAAUAAAUGUUGUAUCAGUAACCUUUAUUCCACCCCAUGGCGAACAAAUUCUCUCUUGUUUCCAGGACGGAUCUAUUUAUGCAUGGAGCACAAAAUCUCUCCAGUGUUUGUAUAGGCUAGUUAGCAGAGACUACCCAAAUCCAGCGUAUAGAACUAUUACAUUUACCAGCAAAGGUCAUUAUUUAUUCGCAGCUGGUCGUUCGCCAUUUGUUUACUUAUGGAACUUACAGGGAAAUUCCGAUAUGAAGUAUCACGAAACUUCAAGUACGGGCGAUGGGAGUGUAAGUGGCCAGUUUUUGCAAGAACUGAUUAAACUUCCUGAACCAUUGAAGUCAGUUCGUCGGAUAGAAUGGAUUCCCAAAUUUAUUUUGGUUGAAUUCGAUCAAUUUUAUCAUAAAUUUAAGAUAUGUGACGAGUUAUCUGGUCUGUUGCUUCUACUUGGUAAUGAUAAGCGAUUACGCUUUCUCAUAAGAAUUUACGAAAAACCUAAAAGAACAGGUUGCUCACAAAAUUCCUCAAAGAAUCAAAUGUCAGAGGAAUCAGAUACCAUCUAUUGGAAAUGUUUAUUUACAUUUGGGUUGGGUUCAUUGGAAGAUCCACUGAUAACAUCAGUUACUACACCAUUAUUAAACAUUUUGGAUCUGUCUGGUUGCCAGGGGAAGCGGCAUAACAAAUCUUUCAACUGUAGUUCCCUAAUUGCUAUUCUUGAUGACCAUGGAAUUUUACACAUUAAUGAUCUUUCCAUGACAUUGAAGGUCUUGAAUAGUAUUAGAUCCGAAGGUUCACGAUUUUUUUAG